UAUAAUGAGCUCCGUAUGGAGAAACAGCUUUGUGACGCGGUGAUUAGAGUGGACGGCGUUGAAUUUCACGUGCACAAGCUCAUCCUGUGUAACUGCAGUCCAUACUUCAGAGCUCUCUUCACCCACUGGUCUACCCCAGACAGUCGAGUCUUUGACAUUCCCAAUGUGUCAUCUGACAUGAUGAAGCUCAUCAUUGAGUUUGCCUACACUGGCUUUGUUCCUGUGACACAAGAAAAUACACAAGAGCUUUUUAUAGUGGCCGACCGUUUCAAUGUAACGGGCAUCAUAAAAGCCUGCAACAACCUCAUGGAGGAGCAGCUAACCCCCCAGACCUGCAUCGGCAUCUGGUGGUUAAUGGAAACCUAUUACUACCCCGAACUGAAACACAAGGCCUUCUGCUUCAUGUUGAAUCACUUUGAGGAAGUUGCUGUCACCUCGGAAGAGUUCCUGUUGCUCUCUGAGCAGACACUUGCUGAAAUCAUUGAGAAUGACCAACUCAGUGUGAAGAAGGAGGAGACAGUGUUUGAGGCCAUCCUCCGCUGGAUCGCCUACGUCCCAGAGGAACGCAGAAAGUACAUCUCCCUGCUUUUGUCAAAGGUCAGGCUGGCUUUGAUGAGUCCAGAAUACAUCAUGGAGAGUGUGAAAGACAAUGAAAUGGUGAAGGCGAGUGAAGAGUGUCAACAAAUUCUCCUCGAGACCAUGGAGGUCAUGCUCGAAGUCAGAACAACGAGGUUCUCUGACUCUGUCUUCUAUAAUCCUUUGGCCCGUCCACGCCUGCCCUCUGCCAUCCUGUUGGCCAUUGGAGGCUGGAGUGGUGGAAACCCCACCAAUGGCUUUGAGGCGUACGAUGUCCGUGCAGACCGCUGGGUCAAAGUAACUGAGAUUGAGUGGGCUCCCCGGGCCUACCAUGGCACUGCCUUCCUCAAUGGAUCAGUUUACUGUAUCGGUGGCUUUGACGCCAUUGAACAGUUCAGCACUGCACACAGGUUUGAUCUGGGCACGCACACCUGGCAGGAGGUGGCACCAAUGCAUUCCUGCCGCUGCUAUGUCAGCGUAACUGUGAUGGAUGGGUACAUAUACGCCAUAGGAGGUUAUGAUGGGCAAGAUCGACUUGAAACUGCUGAGCGCUAUGAGCCUAGAACCAACCAGUGGACCUACAUUGCGUCCAUGCACGAUCAGAGGAGUGACGCCAGUUGCACAGCCCUCCGUGGAAAGGUCUACAUUUGUGGUGGCUUCAAUGGGAAUGAGUGCCUGUCAUCAGCUGAAUGUUACAACCCAGAGACCGACCAGUGGACACUGAUUGCCUCUAUGGGAACCAGGCGCAGUGGAAUUGGGUUGAUCGCCUAUGUAGACCAUGUCUUCGCAGUUGGUGGUUUCAAUGGAACCAGCCGUCUGCACACUGCUGAGGCCUACAACCCAGACACCAACACCUGGCACAAUGUGCCCGCCAUGACAAAACCCCGCAGCAACUUUGGCAUCGCAGUGCUUGAUGACCGCCUCUUUGUGGUCGGGGGAUUCAACGGCUUGACCACCAUCCUUGAUGUUGAAUGCUUUGAUAUUGAAACUGGUGAGUGGUCUGAUGUCCAUGACAUGGAGAUCUCCCGCAGCGCCCUGAGCUGUUGCGUGGUGUAUGGACUCAACAACAUAGCCGAGUACGCUGCCGCCCGUUACUCCCUGCAACUCUCCAAUGAGGAGGAUGAAGCGGAGUGA